CUCUCUCUAGUACUUUCUCUGGUACUUCUCGGUACCACUUGUGCAAUCAGUUGUGCUGACUCACAACAUCCUCUGCUACCCUGUGGAAGGAAGUUAUCUUCCUCUACUCCUCGUCCUCCCUAACUUCACCCAGGAGCCCUCACCGUAUCUGAGCCUACUUUUUAUCUUCUAUUUUUCCUGGGGGUUUUCCAUUUUUUUCCUUCUUUGGCACGGCGGUCAUCCGGCAUUGUGUGUGUGCGCGCGUGCGUGUGUGAGCGUGCGUGUGCGAGGGCCAGUAUGCCAUCAUGUCGUCCCUGGGCUCGUCGUUUGUGCAGAUAAAGCAUGAGGACCUAAGCUUCCACGAGAACUGCGGCGGGGGCAGCUUCGGCAGCGUAUACCGGGCCCACUGGCUCUCUCAGGACAAGGAGGUGGCCGUCAAGAAGCUGCUGAAGAUCGAGAAAGAGGCCGAGAUCCUGAGUGUUCUGAGUCACAAGAACAUCAUUCAGUUUUAUGGAGCCGUGCUGGAAUCUCCAAACUAUGGCAUCGUCACAGAAUAUGCCAGUGGAGGGUCCCUGUAUGAGUACCUGUCCAGCGAGCAGAGCGAGGAGAUGGACAUGAAGCAGAUCAUGACCUGGGCCAUACAGAUGGCUAAAGGCAUGCACUAUCUCCACGCUGAAGCGCCCGUGAAAGUUAUUCACAGAGACCUCAAGUCACGCAAUGUGGUCAUGACAGCAGAUAGGGUAUUAAAGAUCUGUGACUUCGGGGCGUCUAAGUUCCUGUCCCACACCACCCACAUGACGGUGGUGGGGACAUUCCCCUGGAUGGCCCCCGAGGUCAUCCAGAGCCUCCCCGUCUCCGAGACCUGCGACACCUACUCCUACGGGGUGGUGCUCUGGGAGAUGCUGACUCGUGAAGUCCCCUUCAAAGGCUUCGAAGGCCUGCAAGUCGCAUGGCUGGUAGUGGAGAAACAAGAGCGUCUGACCAUCCCGACCAGCUGCCCAGCGAGCUUUGCCGAGCUGAUGAGAAAGUGUUGGCAGGCAGAUCCAAAGGAGCGACCCCUGUUCAAACAGGUGUUGAUGAUGCUAGAGACCAUGGCUAACGACAGCCGGCUACCAGAGCAGUGUAACUCCUUUCUACAUAACAAGGAUCAGUGGAGGUGUGAGAUCGAGUCCACUCUGGAGCGUCUGCGUAAGCUGGAGCGGGAGCUGUUCUCCAAGGAGAAGGAGCUGGAGGAGCGGGAGAGGAGGCUGAGGCUGUGGGAGGAGCGGCUGAUGGAGAGGUCCAACAUGUCGCCCAGCCCCAACUCCCUGCUGCUGGAGCGCAACACCAUCACCCCGUUCUUCACGCCGAUGUCCAUCGGCUCUUCCGGCUCGUUCUUCCGCUCCCACUCCCAGGAGUCCAACAGCGCAGGUCUGACCAGUGCUGGUUUAAGUAGCGCUGGUCUGAGCAGUGCUGGUCUGAGCAGCACCGGACUGGGCAGUACUGGUCUGAGCAGCUGCAUCCUGCGUACCCUUAGCAACGGGGACACGGAGCGGGGGAGCGCUGGGGGCAGCAGCGGGGGGCUGGGCUCCCUGGACGGGGGCCGGCUGCAGGCCAUGCUCAGGGGCUUCCAGGGGGGCUUCGGACAGGACGAAGACGACGAUGGGGAGGAGGACGAGGAGGAGGACGAGGAGGAGGACGAGCGUGGCCCGCUGGAGGAGAUCAGCAGGGGGGGUCAACAGGGCGGGGGCCCCGGGGAGCCGGGGGGGGCCAGGGUGCAGGUGACGGUGCGCAGCUUCCCGGGCGGGACGGUGGAGAGGGAGGAGAGGAGCUGGGGGGACGCGGACCGGGGCGGGGUGCAGAGGAACAGGGUGACCACCAUCGUCAGGGGGUACUCGGGGGGCUCCCAGCACGGGGACGGCGACGGCGAGCCGGAGGGCCGCUGGGAGCUGGAGCGGCGGGGGUCCAGGUCGGAGGAGCGGGGGGGCAUGGGGGAGGCGGGGUCCGAGGGGAGGAUCCAGACCAUGUUCAAGGGGAUGGGCGCCAACCUGGGGGGCUUUGGGGAGAUGCUGUCGCUGGACCUGGACGACAUGGGCGGCGAGAUGGGCGACAUGGACAUGGGCGACAUGGGCGUGAUUAAGGUGGUGGGUCACGGGCUGAGGAGCCAGAGGAGGAGCGACAGGGGGCUCGUGGUGCAGGGCGUCAGGGGGGACCGCAGCCAGGCCGUCAGCCAGAAGACCAGGGGGGAGGUGGGGGUCACGCGGGGCCACUCCGGGGUGCAGGUGAGCAUGCGCUCCUCGUCCAAUCAGAACUCUUCGAGUAGCUGCAGGGUGCGGCACGGAACCAAGAUCAACAUGGCCACCACCGCCAUGGACAUGAUGGAGCUGGGAUGGUCUGAUGACAGUGACUAGCAAACAUGUGCCUUUUGUUUUGUACUGACUUACAUACACACAGACAGGCACACACACACACACACACACACACACACACACACACACACACACACACACACACACACACACACACACACACACACACACACACACACACACGGUCUGGCAAAAACAUACAUACACAUACGCAAGUCAAAGCCAAAGUUGACUUUUUGUGCACAUACCUGAGCUCCAGCCUGUGGAGAUACCAGCUGCAACAGGGCUGGGUAGACACUCUAGUUUUUGUUUGCUUAACCAUUCAUUUUUAUUAUUAUUACGACAAUGUUUUGCUAGAAUGAUAUACUGUGUACUGUGAAGUAGGAAGGAUGUAAAGGACUCUUGUUUGUGUCGUUUGUGUCAUUUCUUCAGAGUGACUUCACCUGUGUAUGUUAUUGUGCUAUUUAAAACUGCUGAAUAACAGGUACAGGUGUAUCAGAGUACAGCACUUGAACGCCGCUCUUGUGAGGCAGCACCUUGUUACAUUUGACUUCCCGCCUACAGACAUCCUAUCUUGUCGUUUGUAGAUUUGAUUUGUUCAAAACUUUGACUGUUGAGCUUUGACUUUUAUCAAAUUCUAACUGUGACCCUAGUGUGUGGACUUUUUUUUUGGCAUUUACUUCUGUAUAUUUUACCUUUUUUCAAUAAAAUAAGAAUAAAACCGA